AUGGGGAUCCCCUCAGCGCUCCCCCGCCGCCCUGCCUGGAGCUCCUGGGCCCAGCUGAGAUGGCUGACCAGCUUCCACAGGAAGAUCUUGGCACAGCAGAGCCCGACUUCUGCCCCGGGGACACCGGAGGUCAUGCUGACUAGUGAGCGGUACAGCGUGCGGCGGCUGCCCUUCUCCCCUGUGUCUGACAGCGAUGUGGCUUUCUUUGAGCACAUAAUGCCCGGUAGAGUCAUCACAAAUCCAGAGGAAUUGAAACCAUUUAAUGUGGACUGGCUUAAAUCAGUCCGAGGCUGUAGCAAGCUGAUGUUGAAGCCACAGACAGCAGCAGAGGUGUCUCAAGUUCUCAGGUACUGCUAUGAGAGGAAUCUGGCAGUGAACCCACAGGGGGGUAACACAGGCCUUGUUGGGGGCAGCGUUCCUGUCUUUGAUGAGAUCAUUCUCUCCACUGCUCUCAUGAACCGGAUCAUCAGUUUUGACAAGGUGUCUGGAAUCCUUGUGUGCCAAGCUGGCUGCAUCUUAGAGGAUCUCAAUGAGUACUUGGAGGAGCAGGGCUUCAUCAUGCCGCUUGACUUGGGAGCGAAAGGGAGCUGUCACAUCGGUGGUAAUGUGGCCACAAACGCUGGAGGCUUACGGCUCUUGAGAUACGGCUCUCUCCGAGGGACAGUGCUAGGACUGGAAGUGGUGCUGGCUGAUGGGUCAGCUCUGGACUGCUUGGCGUCUCUGCGCAAAGAUAACACUGGCUAUGACUUGAAGCAGCUUUUCAUCGGAUCCGAGGGGACCUUAGGAGUUAUCACUGCUGUCUCCAUACUGUGUCCUCAGAAACCCAAGGCUGUGAAUCUGGCGUUCCUAGGGUGUCAGAGUUUCUCUAAGGUUCUGGAAACAUUUACAGCCUGCAGAGCCAUGCUGGGAGAGAUCCUGUCUGCCUAUGAGUUCAUGGAUGAGAAGUGCAUGGAACUGGUUGAGAGACAUCUCAAGCUGUCCAGCCCAGUGACAG